CAGUGACCCAGUACCAGACAACUCGUGAUUAAUCUUAUAAAGAAACAAAAUGCUCUUUGUAAAUCGAAGUUGAUUGAUUCCCUUUAAAUGAGGAAUGAUUUUGUUGCUCUGUUCCUUAUUAUUGUGGAUUGAUUGCGGAGCUGCUGACAACUCUAAUCUCAAUAAUGCAAGCAAUUGUUCUUGCUAUAGUUUCUUUUCAUGGAAGGGAAAAUCAUGGAACUUAGCUCAAGAACAAUGUAUUAAAAGCCAUGGCAACCUCGUGUCUAUAGAAACGCAGAGAGAAUGGGAAUUUGUCAACGCAAAAAUCCAAAUGAGGAACUUCAGCGAAAACGAGUGGUGGAUUGGCCUGAGGAAAGACAAAGGCAGGAGAUGGCAAUGGAAAAGUGGGUCGUUGCUUAAGAUUGAUAAAUGGCAGAAAACAGUAGGACAACCUCACAAGGAUGGAAAAUGCGCUGCUAUGGCAAAGAACUGCCCUGCUGGGACGCAGGGUCUGUUCAAAGACAUGCCAUGCGAUUCCAACAGAACAUUUAUUUGCGAAUAUGAUAUCAGAAGAGACAUGUGUAGAAGGGUUGGCUCCAGGUACUUUUACUGCCAUGGCAACGACUCACAACAGUAUGAAGUAUCGAAACCAGUUUAUGUUAACCAUACAGCUACACGAAUAGUACCAACCACAACAAAAUCACUGGAUACAACAGCCCCGCCAUURAUCUCAGACAAGAUUGGCCUGCUUAUCUUUGUGGUGAUUUUUGGAUUCGUUUUGUUAGUUUGUACUUUAACCUUCAUAUACGUGUUUUGCUGGUGUGUCUAUAAUCCAGGUUACGACGGUGGUGGAAGGGAAGAACAAGAAAAGCURUACAGAUCCAUACCUUCCGAUACUACAUCAAGUACAGUUCCCUACAGCAGUUCACAUAGAGUUCAGUGGUACKUAGAAGACAACAUUCAGACGGAAAGCAUCGAGCUUGUCGCACAAAACUGGUCUUCUUCUCCUGUCGAUGGUCCAAGCGAGCAGCCUGAGAACAGCAUGCAUAUUACUGCUCAACAGGAAAGCGAGAAGUGCAACGAGUUUGAAGAAAAAACUCCAGUCAUUUAUGCUGAAGUUCAUAAGACUUCAUCGACAACAAGACUUCUUGACGAUGAUGCAGUUGUUGUUUCUGAGGAAGAAUCUAGCGAAACAGCCAUUAGCAAAAACCAAACCGAAAAAGUACCGGAUGAUAAAACUGAUACUGUUGUCUACUCCAGUAUACAUAAAACAAARACAAAUUCUGCCAAUCAGGCACGCUCUGGCAGACCUGUACCGUUAAGUCGUCACAGAUCAAACACAGCGCACCCAAGCGUACUUCUCAGUGGCAAUAGCGUUGCCGAGGACAAUUCAAKGUCAUCAAGGAGUCAGACUUGGGGUGCCAAGUCACGUGACCAUACUACAGAGGGCGGAAGCAGUGCAACGUGGUAUACCACCAAUGAUGCACGUGUUGAUACAAAUGAUCCAAACAAGACGACAUCGGGAAAACCAAAUGUGAUUUAUGCAACUGUCGAUAAAUCGAAAAAGACAAAAAGACAAACAAACGAUGCGAGUUARUUAAAUUGUAGAUUAGUCCAUUAGCCAAUCAACGGUCGCGACAAGGAUUGAUUGACAAGCCAGUAUGAAAGGGUUCAGCUUAGGCACAUAAGAUACAGUUGAUAACAAUUUAGCCUAUAUACACCCUUUUAAUAAGUCCCAAGGUAUUUUGUUCUYCGCACUUGACGUCAAAUAUAUUCUUUUGAAUUCCUUUUGUAUUGUMAAAAUUUCAAAAGAAUAAAUUUGACGUCAAGUGCGGAGAACACAAUACCUCGGGACUUAUUAAAAGGGUGUAUAGACGAACAAUACGAUGUAGAAUAGUUAUGACUAGUCUGACUCAUUGAGAGUUUAAAUGUAAUUCAAAUCGAAAACAGUCAAACAAAGUUAGUUUAUUAGAAUAAAUAUACAUAUGAACAAUA